AAUAAAAAAAAAAAAACCGACUUGGACUUAUCUUCCAAAAAGAGUUAAAAAAGAAUAAUAAUGAAACUCCCCCUCCCGGAAUAAACCAGAAGCACAUGUGGGGGGGUUGAGUUUGUUUCAGAGGAUGAUUAUACUAUAAGUACAGUUGGGCCGUGUUUCUUAUAGAAAACUAGAAAGAUAGUCAUCUGGAUUGGCUUGCUGGAUUUGUGUUCAAUCUCUCAACAUCGGCUGCUACCUUUCUUCUUUGUAUGAUAGACCAGAUGCUUUAUGUUGCUUCCCUGUUGAGGAUUUGAUAGAAGAAUUAAAAAAAGCGGGCCCUUUCACUCUCUCUAUAUUUUUGCUUCCUUAAUCAGAUACAAAGCCCCUUUCACUUGCACUCAUCCGUACACCAAGAACCAUAUCCAUCCCUUCCUUACCCCCCAUCUUCUAUAUCCUUUCAUUUUUUCUCUCUCUCCAAAAACCAUCUGAAACCAACAUAACCUCAAAAAGGGGUUUUCCAAGUUUCAACCAUUUUUUUUUCUUUGAUAAAAGGAAAUGAAGGGUGUGGAAGCUCAAGAUCUACAUGCAGGAGGUAAUAUAAUGGCAGAGAACCAUUUAGGAGGCUUCUGUGAUAUGGGAAAUGAAGAGGUUUUGGGAGUUGAUGGAAGAGAGAUCUGGCUUGAUCAUAAUGAACAAGAAGAUCUACUUGAUAUGAGUGACACUUCAAUCUUUUACAACGAUUUUCCUCCUCUUCCUGAUUUCCCAUGCAUGUCAUCAUCGUCUUCAUCGUCGUCAACUCCGGCACCAGUAAAGGCGAUUACAUGUUCGUCGUCUUCUUCGUCGCCAUCUUCGUCUUCAUCGGCGGCUUCUUGGGCGGUUUUGAAGUCGGAUGCAGAGGAAGAUGUGGAGAAGAAGCAACACAACAUCAACAAGAAUAACAACCACCAACAUCAUGACCAGCACCAGCAGCAUAGUCAGGAUGAUCCAGUGGAUGCACCGCCUGCGGCUUUAUCUUCCACCGCUUCCAUGGAAAUUCCUCAGCUUCCCGAUCAAGGACUCGAUUGCAUGGAUAUGAUGGAGACUUUUGGGUACAUGGAACUCCUUGAGGGAAACGAGUUCAUUGACCCAUCUUCCAUUUUCGAGAAUGAAAGUCCUUUUGACGAUUUCCAAUUAGAACAAGACGAGCAAACCCACCGACAACAAGAACAUGCAGAGUAUGAGAACCCAAAUCAACAACAACAACAGCAACAAGUAGUGGUAGCGCAGAACAACAACAAUAAUAACGAGGAGGAGGAGUUUGGUGAAGAAGCAGCAGCAGCAGUGAAGGACGAAGAAGAAGGUGAUGACAUGGCAACAGUGUUCUUGGAGUGGUUGAGGUCAAACAGAGAGACGGUAUCAGCAGAAGACCUGAGGAGUGUGAAGAUCAAGAAAGCAACCAUUGAAUGCGCGGCUAGACGUUUGGGUGGAGGCAAAGAAGCCAUGAAACAGUUGUUGAAACUCGUUCUUGAAUGGGUUCAGACCAAUCAUCUUCAAAAGAGACGAACCACCACCACUAAAGAAACCGCCGCACCAACACCUCCAUUUCCCAAUAACCAAUAUCAAGACCCCAAUUUCCAAAACCCUAAUCUCAUAAAUUCCAAUUCCUUCACUCACGAAUCCAACACUUGCUUCAACCAGUCACCUUGGAUGUCUCAAUCACCCUAUGAUCCAACAACAAACGGCGUCGUUGCUCAUCCCCCGCCGGCUGCAGCGGCUUAUCCUUCUCCUAUGGUUGGUUAUAUGGGUGGUACUGAUCCUUUUGUUAAUGGAGGUUGUGGUGGUGGUUCUAAUGUCAAUGCCAAUCAGUAUGCAACAACUCCAUCUGAAUACCACAUGCUUGACACUCCUCAAACAUGGCCUUCAUCUCAAUUUGCCAUGGCUUCUCAUUACACUCCGUAUCCGGACAAUAAUCUUCAGCCGGCACCACCGCCCCCAGCGCCUCCCCAAUCUCACCCACAAACUGUGUUUUCUGGGUACGGAAAUCAAUAUCCUGCAUAUCAAUAUUACCAUGGAAACGGUGGUGAUCAGAGACUGGUGAGGUUGGGAUCUUCGGCGACUAAAGAGGCAAGGAAGAAGAGGAUGGCGAGGCAGAGGAGGCUUUUGUCGCAUCAUAGGCAUCAUAAUCAUCAUCAUCACCAUAACAGUGGUAGCCAACAAAGUCAGAGUGCAGCAGAUCAGCAUGCAAGGCUUGGGAGCAGUGACAAUUGCACCAUGGCUGCUGCUGCAGCAGCAGCAGUGCAAGCCAAUCCAGGAAACUGGGUUUAUUGGCCCUCUGCUGCUGCUGCCAGUGGUAUUCCGUCGGCUCCACCGUCGAUGAUUCAAGGGAUUCCUGCAGAGGCGCCGGUGUUGCGUCCGGUGGAUCGUAUGCAGGUGCAGAAUUAUCAGGGGAGAUUGGCAUCUGAGCACAGGAGGCAGGGAUGGAAACCUGAGAAGAAUUUGAAGUUUCUUUUGCAAAAGGUGUUGAAGCAGAGCGACGUAGGUAGUCUUGGACGAAUUGUGUUGCCUAAAAAAGAAGCGGAAACACAUCUGCCUGAACUGGAAGCAAGAGAUGGGAUUUCUAUUGCUAUGGAAGACAUUGGAACUUCUCGUGUUUGGAAUAUGCGUUACAGUUUCAGGUAUUGGCCAAACAACAAAAGCAGGAUGUAUCUCCUUGAAAACACAGGAGAUUUUGUUAGAGCCAAUGGACUCCAAGAGGGGGAUUUCAUAGUCAUCUACUCAGACGUCAAGUGCGGCAAAUAUAUGAUACGAGGAGUGAAGGUACGGCAACAGGGUGCAAAAUCUGAAACGAAAAGGCCGGGAAAGUCGCAGAGAAACAACCAUGGAAGCACUCCAGCCGGCGGAAAUGGUUCGUCUUCUUCUCCAAACAAGAAACAGUAAAAGCUACGAAGAGAAGAUUAAUGGCCAAGAGCUAGCCAAAUAUCAGUUUGCCAACCAAUCUAUUUUUUUUUUCUCUCUCUUCCAUGCAAGUAAACGAAUGGACAAAUGGACGGUGAGAAUCUUCUGGGAUUGGUGGAUAUAUAUAUAUAUUAAUUAUGUUUUUGUUUCACAGACUCGCAUGUAGCGAGAAAUAGGUGUGUAAAGGAAAAGGAGGCUUGCAUGCGUUAGGAAAAGAGUUUAAUGUGGGUUGGAUUGGCAAAGUAUAGUAGUAGCUCUUGGUUUUAGAAUGUUGAUAUCAUAGAACUUGGAAUUAAUACUUUUUGUAAUUUGUAUGGUUUUGGGGAGUGUUUAUUUGCUGUCCAUUGUUAAUUAUUCACUUCUCCAAUCCACAAAUUAUAUAUAUAUACUUCUGUAUUUUGGUGGUUCGUAAUAUA